CUAUCUCAAGAUAACAGGGCUGUCUUCUUCUCCAGGAUUCACCGUACGGAUCGGACUCCGGAGGUUAUAGAUGCCAGGCUAGUAACCCUGUCAGUACGGAGAACAGUGAUCCCGUCACAAUGACCGUGGCCUAUGGCCCAGAAAACGUGAAAGUAAAAUACAAGUCAUCUUCAAAUUCUCUCCUUUUAUUAGAAUGUUCUGCUGAUUCUGUCCCACCAGCAACCUACCAUUGGAGACUAAAUGGAACAGAUAUAAAACAACAGCAGAGCCAGCUUCAGGUAGUUCCAGAGGAGGUUGAGAGUGAGGCGACUUACACAUGUGUGGCCAGGAACUCAGUGAUGCAGCUUACUGCCAUGGACUCUGUAUAUGUGGAUGCAACAUUCGCUUCAACACUAUGUCAGACCUCUGGAAGUGGACUUGGCGGUGGGGAAAUUGCUGGAAUUGUCAUCGGCACAGUGUUUGGGAUAUUCCUCCUU